CCGUCAGCCAGUCGACAACCCGAUGUCGACCGUGACCGUCUUCGUCAAGUCUCCCGACACCCGCUCAGAGCGGCGCUACGACCUCCACACGACCAUCGGCCAGCUCAAGCCGAAGCUUGAGCUUAUCACUGGUAUACCGGUGGCGAAUCAGCUGAUCCAGCUGCUCAAUACGGAGGAGGACACGAGCCCCGUGAACGUACUCUCUGAGGACGACAAGCCCCUCGGCUAUUACAGUGUCCGCGACUUCCAAGUGCUCAAUGUUAUCGACACGAAUCCCUCCACGUCCUGGACAGGGCAAUUAGGCGAUCCGUCUCAGGUAGAAAAAUUCGAGCUGACGGAGGAAGAAUACGCGCAGAGACGAGAUUCGGUCCUGGCUUACAAGCAAGCGCACAAGAUCGGCCGCUUCGCCCCCAAGGCUGCCGAGCAGCACGAACAGGUCCACAUCGCGCCCAUCAACAUCCCCGUCGGCGCGCGCUGCGAGGUUGAAUCCAGCGAACAAGGCCUGCACAAGCGCGGCACCGUCCGCUUCGUGGGUCCCACACAGUUUUCCAAAACCGGUGUAUGGGUCGGGAUCGAAUACGACGAGCCGCUGGGCAAGAACGAUGGAUCGGUGCAAGGCGUGCGAUAUUUUGAAUGCAAGCCCAAUUACGGCGUGUUCGUUCGACCGGAAAAGGUUACCGUUGGUGACUUCCCGGAGGAGGACAUAGAGCUGGAGGAGAUGUGACGACCCGCCACCAAAUCGCACAUUCUAAGUGCCACAUCAAACAAGAAUGUAUCAUAGGACAUCGUCAUGUUGUGCACUUCCCCGCUUCGCCCACCUUGUGAUGAUGAGAUAGAAAGAUCAACGGACACGAAUAUAACAGAUACUGGUCAUCACGGCUCAGCUAUGAGUUCCUGCAAGCUUCACCGCACCCCGGUUAUACACUGCUGUCCACUUCGCCCCCUCCUUGCCCUCCUUCACCGCCUCGGCAACGGGAGGCAGUCCUGCGCUGCCCAGCUCGCCCGCGAUGCGGAUGCUCUUCGCGAGCUGCGCCACUGGGAUCUGCGUGCGCGAGCUGAUGAUGGAGAACAAGCCGAGCCCCUUGGAGAUGAACUCUGCGACUGCCUCUGCCGGCCGCGAGUCGCCGCGUUCCGCGUGCGUGAGUAAGCCGGGCUUGAAGAUGAUCGUAUCGUCGUAUCCGAGAGCGGCGAGCCCUUCCUCCGUUAGACCUUUACUCUUCGGGUACAGGAACGGGGACGAGGAGGAGGAACCGGCGGAGGAGAGGUAAAUGAGGCGCUGCGGUGUAUCGACUUUGGCGGCUUUCGCGGCAUUGAGGACGUAUUCUCUGUCGAUCUUCUCGAACGCUUCCGCGCUGCCCGCUGCUUUUCUCGUCGUUCCCAACGUGAUGAACACCACGUCCCACUUGCCCUCCGCCAACCCCGCCUGGGCGAUGUUCUCAAAGUCGAUCGCCUUCUGCUCAAGCUUCUCCUUCCCGGUUUCGAGCUUGUCGAGCGGCGUCACCCGCCGGCCGUACUCCCCCACACGCGUGAAUUGCGGCGAGUUCAGGAGCUCCUUCAAGAGGUGCUUGCCGGUCGCCCCGGUCGCGCCGAUGAGGAGCGCAGACUUGCAAAGACAAGUGUUCGGAUAGCACGAGCACGCGUGCUUGAGCGAGC